CAGCGUUUACCACCACUUUUCUCCAUCCCUGACAGUUUUUUGCGGCGGACGCGAAAAUAACAUUUAUUCGGAUUACCUAGCUUGUAUUUUCACCUAAAAUCAUGGCUGAUGUGCUGGAUAUUGAUAACGCUGAGGAGUUCGAAGUAGAUGAGGACGGUGACCAGGGCAUAGUGCGCUUGAAGGAAAAGGCCAAGCAUCGCAAGGGACGUGGUUUUGGCGGUGAAAGCAACACCCGAGAGGCUAUCCACAGCUACGAGCGUGUCCGCAACGAGGACGAUGACGAACAGGAACCAGGUCCACAGCGAUCUGUCGAGGGUUGGAUUCUGUUUGUGACAUCCAUCCACGAGGAGGCCCAAGAAGACGAGAUCCAGGAGAAGUUCUGCGACUAUGGAGAAAUCAAGAACAUCCACCUUAAUCUGGAUCGCCGCACCGGUUUCUCCAAAGGCUACGCUCUCGUGGAGUACGAAACACACAAGCAGGCACUGGCCGCUAAAGAGGCUCUCAACGGGGCCGAAAUCAUGGGACAGACCAUCCAAGUGGACUGGUGCUUCGUCAAGGGACCCAAACGUGUGAAAAAGUCGGACAAGCGACGCAGAUAA